UACUGGCUGAGGGGAAUAAAAAAGCUCGGGCUGGUGUGGGGAAUUCUGUUCCUGUUCUGGCUGCUUCGAACUCAGGAGUUCCGAUUGAAAUGUUGGAUCAGAUCAGUUUGUUGGGAAAUCUGACGGUAUCAUGACCUCAAAGAGGAGGAGCGCAGACCGGAAUCAACUUCUACUUCCUUCUUCACAAACACACCAGCACCGCUUUCUCACGCACUUCUGUCAGGCUUAAAGUUCCGGAAAGUCCGGUGCAGAUCCGAUCCGCUCCCUACUGUCCGGAUCCAACCAAAAAUUGGACCGGGUCGGGUGGGUUUCAUUUGUAAAAUAAGAGGCUCAUACUGAUUCGGGAUCGUUAAUCACCGGGACACUUUGGAGGAGUUCUCGGACCACCCAGACAGAACCGAACCGGAUUGCCGCUGCAGAUUUACAGCCGCUGUGGAGUCCUGACACAGGCUCAUCCUGACCGGAACCAACCGUGCAGUCGCCUUCAAACCUGCAACUAAUGGGGUCCUUCAUCCUCCUCUUCCUCCUGGCUGUGGCGGGUGGAGCUGUCAGUCAAUCCAAUGAUUCGACAGAGCCCAUGUGUUACGACUGGGGCGAGUCCAGUGAGGGGGCGGUUUCUGUCCUGCACGGCGAGGCCGGUUAUGUCUCCUGUCCACUCUUUUCUCAUCCCUCCGUCUACAACUACACAUCGGCCCAGAGCGCCGGCCACAACCUGUUCUGGUACCGCCUGCUGGACGGCCAUGACCUGGAGCAGCCAAUCACCUACAGCUUGCGCUUCACCAAAGACAGGGAGAGACUGUGGCUGCAGCCAGCCGCCGCCAACGACUCGGGACAGUACAUCUGCAUGCUGCGCAACAAGUCGUCCUGCAGUAAGAUCGCCAUGCGUCUCAAGGUCCUGCGGCCGGAGGAGGUGGUCCGUUCCACCAGCUGUGAGCCUCCGGUUGCCAUGCCAGCCACUCAGGAGUGGAUCGGUCUGCAGGAAGGAAAGACACUGAACUGUCCAGACCUGCAGUACGCUGUCAAGAUGUCUGAGUUCGAACCGUCUGUCAGCUGGUACUACGUGAAUCCAGACAAGUCGGAGUGUUCUCAGUACCCGUUCUGGAAUAAAGACCGGGAACAGCGAGGAACCAGUCUGCAGUUCUACACCAUGCUGAUUCCCUAUCAGGGUCUGUACUUCUGCACGGUGCGGUACCAGCGGAGAGGCAGGAUGCUGCACUUCACCAGGAGCAUCAAAGUUUCAGGGAUCUAUCCAGAAACUGUGUCCAAAGUUCCCACCAUCCUCUACCCGACCGAGCACAAGACCUUCUCUGUCAGAACCAACUCAGACGAGCGUCUGACCUGCAGAGGCCUGCUUCCUCUCAUCCUGUACAACUCUUCCCGGAAGAUUUGGUGGACGGUUGAUGGGAAUACGGUGGUUGAGCUCAACAAUCAUCGCUUCUCCCAAAAGAACAGCAUAGUGAAAGAAGACUUCGGCGACCUGACUAUGGAGAGUGUCCUGGUGAUUAAAGACUUUCAGUCCGAAGAUUUGAAGCGAGAGUUUAACUGCUCUGUGUGGAACGAACAGGGCUUCCUGACCCGCAGAGCUCAGCUGAAGGAAGAUGUGUCGCUGCCCACCGUGGAGCUGGGUUGUGGUCUCGCCGUCACGCUGGUGCUCAUGCUGCUUCUCUUCGUGGUUUAUCACGUCUUCUGGCUGGAGCUGUUGCUUCUGUAUCGCUCCUGGUUCGGCACCGACGAACGGCACACAGAUGAUAAGGAGUUUGACGUCUACAUCUCGUACGCGAGGAACAGCGAGGAGGAGCAGUUUGUUCUGUCCACGCUGCGCAGCGUUUUGGAGAACGUUCUCGGAUACUCUGUGUGCAUCUUUGACAGAGACAGUCUACCUGGAGGGACCAUUACAGAUGAGACGCUGAGCUUCGUGGCUCGCAGCAGGCGCCUCCUGGUGAUCGUUAGCCCCAACUACGCCUGCCAGGGUUCCCAGGCCCUGCUGGAGCUGAAGGCCGGCAUUGACAGCAUGGCACUGGGCGGUCACCUGAAGGUGAUCCUGGUCCAGUACAAGCCAGUCCAAAGACAGAGCUUGGUUAAGGAGUUAAGGAGGGCCCGCGUGGCUCUGGCCCUGGUCCGGUGGCAGGGGGACAAGUCCAAAGAGCUAACAUCCCACUUCUGGAAGAGGCUAAGGGUGGAGCUUCCUUUGAGGAGAAUUAGCAGGGAUGAGGAGAGAUGCAAUAAGGAGGCUGCACUGAUGAGGCUCAGCAGUCAGAACAGCACAAACUCUCAAACAGGCCUUAUCAGCAACACAUCAAAAAACCCACAGAAAGUCUUUGACUGUGCAGCAUAGUGCAAACAGCACCUCUGAGAGACUUUAAUGUAUGCCUUAAAACUGAACUGUUGGACAUGCAUUAGAGAAGCCUUAAUGGACUGAAGCCACAUGACUCCAUUAAAAAGCCACUGUUGUUCUCAGUGGGGUUGGGCAGAUAAAAAGUACAAAGCUAAGCCAAGAUGUUAAACCAAAUUAUCCUAAAAUACAUUUUUGAAGUAAGUUAAGUAAGAACCAAAACAGUUUCCGAUUUAAGCAUUACAUCAACUUAAAGCACAUAUUCCAGUCAAACCAGUCUAAAGUCAGUGUAAGUUAGUGGUGUUGGGGUGCUAGAAGAGGAGAUAUUCCCCAUAGAGACCUGUUUUAAAGGCAAGGAGGCUUGCUUCUACUCUGAUAGAAUUUGGUAGCUCAUUUUUCCAUCAUACAACUACCACUCAGAAUACUUUGGACUGAGGUACUAUAGGGCUGGCAGUACAAGAAGAUAAAAAACAGCAGCUGCAGGCCCAGAAUUCCCUCUUAUGCACCUUUAGGGUUUGGAUUAAAUUCAUCCAACCAUGGGGAACCAGAGGAGGUCUAGAACUGAAUGGUUCUGGAACAUCUGUAGGAGUUUUACUAUGUGUGACCUGCUAAGAGAUACCUCUUGCUUGUGCUAAGUGCUGGGGGUGCGAACUGGGUCAGAUAUUACCUCAUUGCGCAGAGAAAGAUAGAGUAUGAUCAUAGCAGGUGAACUGGGCAUCAGAACAUGUCCAAGCUUUUCUAUUAAUGAGAUGUUUGAGUUUCUGAGCAAGGUUUAAUGUUGAAAUGUGGUUUAAAUGGACUGGCUGAAUAUUAUAGCUGAGCAUCAAGUCCAUACUAUACAGUCUAUCAGGAAUGAUGGGUAGAGUUGUGUAUCAUCAGCAUAAAGUGAUAUCUGCAAAGAAAUGAGCAGAUAACAAGAUCCAAAGAGCUGGGGUUUAUUAUAAAGAUAAUAUUAACACCUCAUAUUUCACCUCAUGGUGGCGCUGUAUGAAUGUACACCAAUAUCUGUUUAGCACAAUCUACCUGAAAAAUAUGAAUUUCUCAACUAAAGAGGGGGUUUUAAACUUUCAGUUCAAAUGUUGUAGCUUUCUGGCUAAAGGUCUCUGCAGUGACACACAAAUGUUUGUCACUGCAGAUCCUGACUAACGGUGACCCAUUCUUGUCUUCUUGGUGCUUGGAGUUGAUCCAGUCUGUUGGCUUUCUGAGAACUGACCACAUGUUCUCUGUGCUGUUCAGUUCUGGGGAGUUUCCUGACCACACGUUCAAAACGUUAGAUUUUCAUCAGAUUACCAUUUCUGGGUGUGAACACCAAAGACGUUAUCGUGGGGGGAAAAAAGAGUGCCACCUAUCACUUUUGAAGAGAAUGCUCUUGCACAACAACAUAUCUGCAUCUUUGGAUCAUAAUCAAAGUGCCAGUAAAUAAAUCUUAUAGAUAACAUUUAUAUAACUAUAACAUCCAAUGUUAUUCUAGCAGCAGAAAGAGUAAUUGUUCCAUUUCUAUUUUACAUAAAAGGAACUUAGUCAUUUUAUAAUCUCGCUACACAGUAAACUGAAAAUGAGACCUUUCAGCUCCAGAUCUGAAGCUGCUGCUUUAUCAAUGCAGAAAUGUUUGAACCUGAUUGUAGAAAUGCUGCCAGCAAGGCUAAAGGUCCACCACAUGUAACCCAAACCAUAUUUAAUGCCUCUGCCAUCGUUUCUGUAUCAUUGUUUCUCCGCUGUAAAUCCUUACAUAUUAUUCCCCUUAAACAGCAUUCAAAAUGUGUUUGGAAACAUGGAUUUCCUAAUCAGUUUUAAACUUCAUAUUGAAGUAUCCUCACCACAUUAAAAUGGCUGGGUGGACCUUGCAGCGCUGUUUUCCUCUCCCGCAGCCUCCUCUCUUCCUCAUUCUGUCUGUGCAAUGCCUGUUUUAGCUAAGCUGAAGUUUUCUGCAUCCCAAACAGGAAAAGAUGGAGAAGAAGAGUCUGAGCAUUGUUCCUUGAACGUGGCCUCAGUAUUAUCAGUUCUUACCUUUUAAGUGUCAUAAAUCAUUUUCAUCUGCACAUUAUCCUCUCAUUAUGUCCCGUCUGACUUAAACUCAAGAUAUUGUUAUAUCAAGAUAUUGGUAUAUUAUGUUUUUGUAAUAAAAUUUUAUUUUGAAUUCUCUUAAAAAUAUUUUUGACUAUCAUGAAUGUUGAAAAGAACCAUAAUUCCAGAAAUUUGCCAAAAAAAGUCACAUUUCAUUCUCUAAAAACUGGUUAAGCGUGUUAAGUUGUUUUCGAGAAAUAAAUAACAGAAUGUAUGCACAUGUUUAUAUAAGGACAACUGGUUUUUCUGAUCUUCAGGUUAAAUUAGUUUUUGCAUCACCUUGUGGCCGUUAGAGGAACUGUAUUUAGUACAUUUCAGCUAUAACUGUUUAUAUAUCCUGUCCUGUGUCAAAAACAUUUAAUCAGAUCCUUUGUGAACAGAAACCAACAUAGAGAUAAAGGAUGGUGUCAUCUGCAUAGAGGAGGAUUUAAUGAGGAAAUAAGGGAAAGCUGAACAUCUUCAUGAGGCUAAAUCCACUUAAACUUUAUCUGUUUUAAGCUUUAAAAUACUGCAAUUACUGCUUUUUCGUGUUGAAAAUAUGCUAUGCUGUUUAACAAGUCAGUAUUGUAAUGCGAGAAAGCAUUUUGCACUUGUUCAUGCUAUAAAAUAUCUGUUUUUGUUUUGUUUUUCUCUUUUUUGGCUGUUGAUAAUUGAAGAAUAUUUGCAUUCAUUUCUGUUAUCUUCAUCAAUCAUUUCACUUUUUCCUCAAUUAAUGUUUGCCGUUAAAAAAACACCACAGA